AAUUUCAAUCUAGAUAUCCUCAUCACUGUUUUGACUUUUACACCUUAUGCCACAUGGACUAGUCCCUUCACUUCAAGGUUGAGAAUAUAUCAAGUUUCAGUUUUGUUUGUGCUGUGUAUAUUUGUAUGAUGAUAUGAUCUGUCUUAACAGAUCACUGUCUGUGCUAAUAUAUUUGUAAUAACAUCUGUAAUGAUGUUUCUGUGUAUCUGCUGUUCUUGCUAUGUAUAUGUAUUGUCACUUGAUUUUCUGACAUGUUAUGAUGUAUUUAAUAAAAAUAAAAGAUCAAAAUUAAAACACAAUACAAAAGUUGAGCAUGGACUAGGAGCAGCUUCAACCUUUAUUUCAGUACAAUCAACUUGAAUUAAUAAAACCUUCAAAAUAAGUCGUUAGAGUACUGGAAAAAAAUAAUAUGUCAAACAAGCACUACUAUUGUGAUUAAAAGUUUAAAACCCCUCGAGCAUAUCUGUGUGCACUAAAACAAACCGGUGUGCAGUGUGCACAAUUCCUUAUCUUUCAGAACACGGGUAAUGGUAGUGAAAACACGAAGAAACAAUGAACCAAUCAUCGGAAGGCUUUAAGGAUAGGUGUGUCUGUUCACGCAGAAAAAGGAGUUCCAUUCUCUAACACAACUAACCUAAUGUGGUGCCUUGUAGGUUGGCAAAGACAUGCAUCUUUUGUUGCAUACUGUACUUGAUUUUCAUAGAUUCAGUUUAGACUUAGUUCAUAAGCAGAUGUACUAUGCUCUAUUAUAUUUUGAAGUAGUAGAUUGCUGUCUGUGUGCAUUUUGGAACAAGUUAUCAUUCAAUUCUUUUGCUGGUUAGUUUUGUCUCUAUUGUUAUCUUGAUUGGCAUGCUUCUUAUACUCACAAGAAAUGUAGAGGCUCUAUUUACAUGUCUGGCUGUCUUUGGAUGCUGCCCAUAGUGUUUCACGGCUACCAUCUGUGGCAUAUUAUUUUCAUUUCAGAUUUUGUUUUCAGAAACCAGACAGGUUGCCAUACAAUCAUAAUGCCACGGAAGCCAACAAGAAGAGGCCAGUUAAAGAAGCCCCAGCCUGCCUUCUCUCGUUUGGCUCGUUCUAUGGCCUUAGUUACCUCUGCUCGCAAGGUCAAGCAGCAGAGUGUGAAUUCUCCAGUACACAGAAAAGUUCCCCCCAAGUUCAAUGGUAGCAGCAAGGAGAAACAUGAUACUACACAAGCAAAGAGAGAAGAGUCACAUUCUUCUUCUGAAGAUGAGGAUUUUUCUUCAGAAGAUGACAUUGAGGGAGUUGUUCAAGCUGAUUUUGCCUUCUUUGACCCAAAACCCGAUGAUUUCCAUGGAGUGAAGGUCCUGAUGCAGACCUACCUUGAUAAUAAAGAGUGGGAUCUGAGUGGCCUUGUCGACUUGAUAUUGCAGCAGACCACUGUAGGAACUGUUAUCAAGAUCGAAGACGACGAAGACAAUGGAGUUUAUGGAUUUGUUACAGCUCUUAACUUGCAGAGAUAUAAGGACUUUAAGUGUAUGAUGGAACUGAAAGAGUUCCUACUCACAAUGUGCCAAGACACAGAAAUAAAAGAUAAUUUGAGAUCAUAUUUAGGAGAGCAAGCAGUAGAUGUCGGUCUUCUGAUUUCACAACGUGUCGUAAAUCUUCCUCCGCAGCUUUUACCACCAAUGUAUGAUGGUCUCUUUGACGAGAUCUCCUGGGCUACAGAAGAUGAGCCAACAAAGGAGCUUAGGAAGUCGUUCUGCUUCAAAUAUUAUCUAUUGGUCAGUAAAAUCUAUAAGCAUAAGAAUGGAGACCAGAAAAAGAAGGGAAGUAGCUCAAGUGAAGAAGCCAUAAUCUACUUGAAGCCAGAAGACGAAAUAUUUCAUAAUCUCAGUGCAUGGUCCUUCUGCUUUCCCUUGCGCACUCAGCAGGUCACCACCAAUGAGCUGAAGGAUUAUCGAUCUAUGGGUUUAGUCAUGGCUGUUAAUGCGACCAGCAUCCCAACUUUCCGACAACAGUUGCACUCAUUAAUAGAUGAAACAUAAUAAGUAUGCUGCUAGAAGAUCAGACUCGUUGGGUUCCUUCAAUAUCUGAAACGACAAACGUUCACAGAAAUCUGGUAAUGAUUGUUCAUUAUGCAAGUAAAAUCAUAGGAUCAGAUUCGUAAAAGGCGGCAUGCCUGAAAAUUUUGUUUCCCUCAUCUUUUUGUUUGGACCUGAAUGAGCACUAAAGAUUUGUGCACAAGAACAUCCCAACAAAUUAUUUUAUGGGCGAACUAACUCAGAAAGCAACGACUUAAUGAUAUUGUAGGCGCUUCAAGCCUUGCGUUUGGAACUCGUGAUAGU